GUCACGUGAUCUUUUGAAUUUAUUCCGAGUACGAAAUUUGAAACGAGUUCAGCGUUGUUUAGAAGGUGCCUGUGUUUGCAAUAAGCUGAAAUAAUAGGGGAUCUAAAAACAAGUUCUAAAUUUGCAUCGUGAUUUUUGAAACACUCAAAACAACUGGACUUUGGACCUUUUUUAUUUGUUGACGAUGGCUUCGACAGCCGGUGAAGAUUUUUACUUAUUGUCUGAAGAGAAGUUUGAAUUUGAAGUAUCACUGUCACCAGCAAGUUCUAAAGGAGAUGAUGAUGUUGAUGAUGAAGUCUUCUUAGGCCCUGUAACACAAAAGGAGAGAUGUAUUUCCCAUGGAAUGGUGACUGAAAUGAAAGAGAGUGUGAGCAGCGGGCCAUCUUUAGGUGAGGAGCCCAGCUGGAGCCCUCUGCUUGAGGAGAAGUUUGAUGAAAUUCGCAAAGAAGCUCAUCUUUUAGCUAGCCACCUUGAGAGAACUCUUCCUGAGCCUGUUGCAAAGGACCUUACGGCUGCUUCCAGUUUGUCUGAAGAUGCAGAAAAGUUUGAGAUGGAUUCCACGGCCAAACUCGGCAUGUUCAAAUCGGCUGAUGCACUAAGCCCUAUUAAGAGAGAAACAUUUUGUGUCCAGGACAGCCCCAUGAAACAGCUUCCACCCGCCAUCCAGAGACGACUGCAGAAGUCUAGCAAUAUAUCUGCAGGCAAACCAGGUCUCAGCACCUCUAGCCCUUUAAGAACUACUGACACUCAACCUAAAUUGGUUCCAAGAGGGAAAAGUCUUUUGCACAGUGGUGGAGUGCUACCUAACAAACCCACAGCCAUGGGGAACUCUCGACUUUCCUCGGGCGCUCGACCAGUGCUGGCUAGCAAAAAUCGGCUUCCUCCUCCAAGCAAAAGUUGUUUUGGCCUGAAGCGUAGUCCUGGUAGUAGAGACACAAGCAGAGCAGGCUCUGCUGAAGACCUGCUCUCUGAUACAACUAGUAUAACCUCUGAUGUGAGUGAUUCUUCCUUCAACACAAGUCUUCCAGUCAAGAGAGGCCUUCCAGCCCCCAGCAAGACUGAACUAAGAGGUGGUGCACCUCUUCGUAAAAUUCCUACACUACCUAACAGGAGAGUGGGCGACCGAAGCCGGAAUACUUCCUCCUCGUCCUCUUCUGUGUCUAGUAUCAACUCAAGCCUGUCUGUCUCUCCAACUGGUAAAUGCAAACUCAAUUCCUCCUUGAAUGCCAGCAUCAGUGGCCGAAUUUCCAGUAGUGGCAGCCGGCUUCCCAGUUCCACCCGCAAGUCAGGAAUCAUCGGCAAACCUCUGGAAGCCUCUUCUGGAAGAACAGCAUCCUUCUCCACGCAUGGAAGGAAAGGAUCCGAGCCUGUUCCUAGACCGGUCAAGGCCACACCUAUGGGGAGAACAGAGACUGGACCUUCUGUUCAGCACCAAACACCAGCUAAGAGGACUAUAGAGAGGACCACCUCUGUACCUAGCAUAUCUACACUUGCUGCUAAAACUGGAAUUACUGUUAAGGUGAACUCUAACUUAAAAUCAUUCGUGGCACCAACUCCAACGAACUCUCUGAAAGGAGUACGAAGAUCUGAAGUUGCGUCACCUGAUGUUCCACGAAUUAUGAAACCGAAAAGACUGAUGUCAGCUUGCAGUGUGGACAGUGGCUCACAGAGACUUGCUCCUCCUACACCUCAUGGCCUCCAGACAAUUUCAGGUGCAACUGAAAAGCCACUGCAGUCUAAACUGCGACGUCCAUCUGCUCUACCUACACCUGUGAGUCGCCGUGUGUCUGGCAUCCCCAUGCUGACACCCAAAAGUGUGCCUCGCCUCAACAAAACAUCCCAUACCCCAGAGCCACAGACACCAGCUUCCAGCUCAGGGAUUCAUCGUGCUAGCCCAGUUUAUCUGAAGCAGAGUGAGCAGCAGCAAGUAGUUGAGCAAGCAGUGCCAAAGGAGGACUCAUCUGCUCCGGCUGAGUUUAAGCCCUGCUCUCUGGUCUUUACUCUAGAGGAUGAGUGUGAGAGACCCACUGCUUGUCAGCCUGCAGCAGUGGAGUCUUCCAAACCAUCCCCAGAUGAACUGGAGCCUCAUCCUCCCAUCCCAGAAUGUCCAUCUCUUACAAAGUCAGAGGAAAUCCUACAAAAUCAUCAGCUGAAGAAGGCAGAAACACAGGAGGUGCUACUUGUGGAUGCACCUGCUCCUGUUUUAAAGCCUGAAGAGAAGGUACUCAUUGACCUUUCCAACACCCCUGACCUGAUCAAAACCAUUCCCAGUAAGGCUUUUUGUGGCCAGCUAAUUGAUUUGAGCUCACCUCUUAUAAAAUGGAGUCCAGAUGGAAAGAAGGAAAACCCUGUAAAGGAAGCUCCUCCACUUAUUAACUUGUCCUUCUAAAGAACCUGCAUUGCCAAGUGAACAAAUCCAAGAAAAAUAAAACUACAUCUGCAGAAACACUGUCAUGAAAAGGAUGUGAGGACAGCUAUGAAGAUCUAGUAAUAAUGUCAAUUUUAUUCAUGCGGUUGAUUGUGCUGUGAUUUGUGUUAUCCUGGAACUUGUCAGUGUUACUGUUUAGAGUAAUUUACUUUUGAAUGUUUGUCUUUGUUAGUCUGUUUUUUCUCCUGUAAGGUACAAAUAAAAUAUCUAAAC